AUGCUGCCUGGGUCGUACGUGUUUGACGUGGUGACGAACAACUUUGGAGCCUUGGAGCGAGUGAGCCGUUCGAAGUACCGGCUGGUGUGCGUAGCUCAGGAGUCGCGGAGUGCCCUCGACGGCCGCAGGGUAGCCAUGGUCAUUCGACGGUCUUUCCCGGACUUGACCGUAGUGCUUCUCCUGGAUGAUGACGACGUCAGACCGCGGUCACCGCCGCUGCCAGAAAAGGCGGAGAGGCCCGUCAGUUCGAAGAAAAAGAGGGCGGCUUGUACCUCCUCUGCGUCGACCUCCAGCGGAAACCCAGCUUCCAGUAGUACGUCCUUGGCCUCGAUUCCGCUGCCAUCUACGCUAGCCUCACCACCACUCCCCACACUGACACUCACGACGCCAUUUGGUGCCGAGUUGCCGUCUCCAUCGACGUGUCGGAGCGGGGUUUUUCCAGACACUUCGAUGCUUCGGAGACAUAGCAGCGGUGGCAGUAGCGCGGCGGGGGCGGGCGGCGGCGGGGGCGGGGGUGGCCUGGGGUCUAUCGGAGCGGUGUGGCCCAACGGGGGCUCAUUGACGGGGGGAUUGGCGGGUAAUGGUGGUGUGAUGGACGCCACAGGGACGGGGUUAGGACGAGGUGCAACAGGGGUACGGGGGGGGACACGAUCGUCCGAGGCGCCUUCGACGGACGGUUUCGCCGCGUCGUGGCCGCCGUCCGGAGCCGCAACGGGAGCCUCUUUGCGUCCUGCGGAAGAAGGCUGCCCGCCGCCGCCGCCGCCGCCGCCCCCUUGCUCUCCUAGCUUGGGGCCUUCGUUGGUGAUGGACCUGGGCAUAGUGGACUACGUGCUGAAGAGACCGUUCUCGGACGAGACGUUUCGCCUCCUGCUGGAAGCCGCGGAGAAGGAUCACCGACGGUUAGCAGCAACAACCUCGUGA